UCUUUUUUUUUUUUUUUUUUUUUUUUGCCCACAUGGCUAGCUACUUUGGAUUCGGAAGAGUGCAGCCCAAACGAGUCAGCACCGAUCAUGUCGUGCCCCUCCACCACAUUGACAACUCGGACGUGCUCCGAAGGUUGAUAGUGGGCUGGACGGCUCGGUUUGACGACGUCCUGGACGCCAAUGUCCUCUACCAGGCCCUGGAGGCCUUGAUCAGGCGAGAUGGGUGGCGCAAGAUGGGAGGUCGGCUCAGGUUAAAUUCCAUGGGCAGAUUGGAAUCUCAUAUUCCGGCAGAGUUUACAAACUCUCGCCCCGCAGUGCGGUUUCUGCACACCGUCUUCGACCUGGCCAUCGACGAACACCCUCUGGCGUGUAAACUGCCCAGGGCCACGGGCGAACAUGCCUCGGCCCACCCGGGCACCUCGGAGCUGAUCGAGCUCUUGUAUCCGGACGACCAUAGGCCGACCUGCCUCGAGGACUAUGUCUGCACCGACGAGCCGCAGCUGCGGUUGUAUGUGGUUUUGUUCAACGACGCCACCAUCGUCUCCGUGACGGCGCCCCACGCCUCGGGCGACAUCAUGGCACACGCAGGUAUCGUCAAGGGCUGGGUCGACAUGCUGCACGGUCGAGCGCAGGAGGUGCAGCGCUUCGACGGGUUCAGGACGGAUCCGCUGGCCGAGAUGGUCAAGAGGGCAGACAGCUCUCAGGUCGCCGAGAUGCUCGAGGGCAAGAUCCUCAGAGGUGUGCGGCACGCCAUGUACGUCAUCUUUUACUUGUGGGACAUGCUCUUUGGCCCCAGGAUGCAGCACCGCACGCUCUUCUUCCCCGCUUCGACCGUGGUCAAGAUGCGCGAGCAGGCCCUCGACCAUCUCCACCAGCAAGGCGACGAGAAGCCCUUUGUCAGCAACGGCGACGUCCUCACCGCCUGGCUGUCAAAGAUGGCCGCCGCCCCCAUGGCGGCCAGGGCCCCGCGCAAGUCCCUGACCAUCCUCAACGCCCUGGACCUCCGCGGACGGCUGUCGUCCACCCUGAACCCGGCGGCCAUGUAUGGGCAGAACCUGACCAUGCACUGCUGCGCCUUUGUCACCCUUGGCGAGGCGGCCACGGCGCCGCUCGGCGUCGUCGCGCGGGCCGUUCGCCAGUCGAUCGUGGAGCAGGGCGCCGAGAAGCAGCUCGAGGCGUUCACAAAGACCAUGUGGGAGCUGGGCGGCGACCGGCCCGUCGCCACCGCCGUCGACGCGUAUCUGUUUGCCUUUAGCAGCUGGGCAAAGGCCCGCUUCAAUCACAUCAUGGACUUUUCGCCCGCCAUUGUCAGCAAGGGGAACCGGGCGUCGGGGGCGACCGCGGACGGACAAGCGCCGGGGAAGCCGGUGUGGGUCCUCUCGACGACCAUGGGGUUCACGCUCCUGGCUCGGUACUGGCUGAACAUCACGGGCGAGGAUUUGGCUGGCAACUACUGGGCCACUGUGGUCCUGCCUCGUCCGUCAAUCGCCUCCAUCGAAGAAGGUAUGCGGCGUUUGUGAUGGGUGGUUUGGCCGUGUCUGUUUUGUUAUAGAUGCUCGAUGUAUAUGCUUCUCUUUUCUUUUUAAACGGCUUCCAAAAUUAUAUUAUCCUCAG